UAAUAUUGACUAUUGUCUCUCACCCGCCUUAUCCCCCCCGUUGGGGCCGAAGACCAUCAAUUUCCUAUAUAUAAGUUCAUGUCAACACAUCUGUUCUGCUCGCAAUUCCCUGCUGGCCAGGUCUGCUCCCACCCCUCCCAUCUGCUCCGCCUGCAGCCCGCCUGUCCUUCCCUACGGCUUGGCUGUCGGUGUGCCAGACCCACACUUCGGCACCCUCUCUCUCCCCGCCAAGGCGAACGGAUGGAUGCUCUCUCUGCUGCAGAUCUCUCCUCACCUGGAGGCCUGUGACCCACUCGGCUUGGCCAGGACAGUGGCUAAUCCCACUUGGAUGCCACAACCUCGACAGAAGCAAAGAGGCAUCAAUGCCUGGUGGAGGAAUAAUAAACACAGCAUUGGCAACUCUGGAACCAAAGCUGUCCUACUCUGGGCCUGGCAGCAGCAUCAUCAGCAGCAGCAGCAACAACAACAACCUUUAUUUAUAUACCGCUUUAUCUCCCUGGAAGGGACUCAGGGCGGCUUCCAACAUAGAGCAUGACCUUUGACAGCAGGAUGAAUUGGGAAAGCAAACAACCAGCCCAUCGCCAUUGACUCUUGGCUCUGCAAAGUUGGAGACUCAUGUUUUGGCCUGCAACGUCCCUUGCCAGCUGAAGGUGAAAACAGCUAGACCCUACGGAGAUCAGGAAAUGUCAUGCAAUGUUUCCAGCAGAGGAUGCCAUCCUUUAAUUAAAAACUAGACCAUUUCACCAAUUCCCAAGGUUUUUCAUACAUCAAGUGGCAGGCAUUAUGCUCAUAGCAUUGUAACAGGCGAAAUUGGACAAAAGGAGGUUGGAAACGACAUCCAAACACUUUGCAGUACAGUGAUAAAGCAACCUCAGGGUGUCUCUAGGCCUCAACAUGGAUGAUGGGCAUAGAGGCAAGAUGAACCAGGUUUCCGAUGACUACCGAUAUCAAGAUGGCAACUACGAAGGCUAUGCUCCCAACAAUGGGUAUUACCAGAGUGGGGAGGAGCCCGGCCAAGAAGAAGACGCCCAGAGUGAUGCCACUGAAGGCCAUGAUGAAGACGAUGAGGUCUACGAAGGAGAAUAUCAGGGUAUCCCUCACCCAGAUGACCUCAAGCCCAAGAAGAAGAGGAAAUCCCAGGCGCUGCCGGAUGAGUUUAGAGACCAUGCCGAACUCAUAGCGGAGAAGAUGGAGGAUGAGGAACAGCUGGCUCAUCAGUAUGAGAACAUUAUUGAGGAGUGUAGCCAUGGACGCUUCCAGUGGAUCCUCUUCAUCAUCCUUGGCUUGGCCCUGAUGGCUGAUGGGGUGGAAGUCUUUGUGGUGGGCUUCGUCCUGCCCAGCGCCGAGAAGGAUAUGUGCCUGACCACCUCCAACAAAGGCAUGCUAGGAUUGAUCGUCUACCUGGGCAUGAUGGUGGGGGCUGUUUUAUGGGGUGGAUUGGCAGACAAACUUGGCCGGAAGCAAUGCCUCACCACUUUGCUUUCCAUCAACGCUACCUUUGGCUUCCUCUCCUCCUUUGUACAAGGAUAUGGUUUUUUUCUCUUCUGCCGACUUAUCUCUGGUUUUGGCAUCGGAGGGUCCCUCCCCAUUGUCUUUGCCUAUUUCUCCGAAUUCCUGUCCCGCGAGAAGAGAGGAGAGCACCUGAGCUGGCUCUGCAUGUUUUGGAUGGUCGGGGGACUCUAUGCUUCCAUCAUGGCCUGGAGCAUCAUUCCACAUUAUGGUUGGGGAUUCAGUAUGGGGACCAACUACCACUUCCACAGCUGGAGGGUCUUUGUGGUGGUCUGCUCCCUCCCCUGCAUAGCAUCUCUCAUAGCCCUCAAGUUCAUGCCAGAAAGUCCACGGUUUUUGCUAGAGAUCGGAAAGCAUGAUGAAGCCUGGAUGAUCCUCAAGCAAAUCCAUGACACCAAUAUGAGAGCCAAAGGCGAGCCAGAAAGGGUGUUUACGGUGGCUAACAUCAAAACUCCAAAGCAGAUUGACGAAUUCAUUGAAAUUCAGAGCUCAACAGGGACGUGGUACCAGCGCUUUUUGGUCAGAGCUACAACUACACUCAAACAGGUUUUGGACAAUGUGCUUUAUUGUUUGACAGCCCAGUAUAGAAUGAAUACACUCUUUCUGGCAAUUGUGUGGUUUUCUAUGGCCUUGAGUUACUACGGCCUUGUUGUCUGGUUCCCGGACAUGAUACGGUAUUACCAAGAGGAAGCAUAUAAAUCCCGUGAGAAAAUCUUUUACCAGGAAUCAGUGAAGGACAUCACCUUCAAUUUCACCUUAGAAAACCAGGUCCACAAGAAUGGGACAUAUAUCAAUGACAAGUUCAUGAAAAUGAAAUUCCGGGAUGUCACCUUUGAGGAUUCACUGUUUGAGGAGUGCUACUUUGAAGACGUCACCUCUAGUGAGACCUUCUUCAAAAACUGUAUCAUUACCAGAACCGUCUUCUUUAACACAGAUCUCUAUGAACACAAAUUCAUCGAUUGCACGUUUGUGAACUCCACCUUUUUGGAGCAGAAGAAAGGGUGCCACCUGGAUUUCGAGCGCGACAACGAUUUCCUCAUUUACUUAGUCAGCUUCUUAGGGAGCCUCUCUGUGUUACCUGGCAAUAUCAUCUCAGCGCUUCUGAUGGACAAAAUUGGGAGAAUCAAGAUGAUUGGGGGUUCUAUGCUGAUCUCUGCCGUCUGCUGCUUCUUCUUGUUCUUCGGCAACAGCGAGUCGGCCAUGAUCGGAUGGCAAUGCCUCUUUUGUGGCACCAGCAUUGCCGCCUGGAAUGCUCUGGAUGUCAUCACCGUGGAGCUGUAUCCCACACAUAAAAGAGCCACGGCCUUUGGCAUCCUCAACGGGAUAUGCAAAAUCGGGGCCAUCUUGGGGAACUCCAUCUUUGCCUCCUUUGUUGGCAUCACCAAAGUGGUGCCCAUCCUUCUGGCUUCCUCCGCUCUGGUCGGCGGAGGCCUCCUCGCCCUGCGGCUGCCGGAGACGCGUGACCAAGUCCUGAUGUGAACCCCUGAAAGGGAUGAAGGCAAUGCCAACGGACCACGGAGAGCUGGGCUUCAGAUCCAAACGUCCGCCAGUGUUUCUCCACUGAUACCUCAGAUUUAGGGGGAAAUCUGGGGGAGAGGAGGAGACACCCCUUUGAGAUAAUAUCAAAACCUUAGUUCUAGGACCGGUGUGAAGAGGUGUUGGGGCCCAUGUGGCCGGGCUACACACACAAAGAUAUACCCAGAUACACACCCAGAGCUUUGCUCACCACUUCAAAGCUAACCCAUUUUAGGGGGUGAUUGGAGCCCUGUCUUCCUGCCGAACGUGUGUGAGCAUCUAUCCCCAACACUAGUCGAUAAUAUCCACAGCCGCAUUGUGAUUGUGCAUGUCGUGGUAGGUAUUGUGCGUCGUAGGGAGCGAAGUAAGCCACUCCGCCACCCAAGUGAAGCUCUAAGGGCUCAACCCAAUGGCUUGUUGUCUAUAGUUCUAUAUCUUUCCAAGCAAUUAAUGGGGGGGGGGGAGGUUGAAACUUGUCCAGCAAUGGCAACCCAAGGUGUGCUUAGAGUAACCUUUUUGGAAAGCCAUCAGCCAUUGCUUGACGUUUGAUGGAGGCUGAGCUUUACUUUUGUCCACCUAAUAUGAGACUCCCAGUCUUUGUGUUUUUACCAAGAAAUAUACUGAGCUUGUCUUUGUCAGCUGAACUUUCAAAUGGCCUCCAAAACAUUAUUUUUUAAACCUUUCUCUCUCACACAGAGAGAACCGUAGAUUUUGAAUAUGCAUUUGUGCAUUUAGUCCAGUCCUCGGCCUAAGUCACUUAUAUUCUGGACUUUAUUUGCUUUGCGAAAUAUUAUUCUAACAAACUUCCCAUUUCAUUUCCAUCGAGACAAAAGAAAUAUGCUAGUUAGCCACCAAUAUUUUAAUUACAUUCAGUUGGAGCAUGAAAAAAAAGAGUGGUCAGUAUUUAGUUUAAUGUACCUGGCAGUAUUUUGGAUGCUUUGGUUUUGGGGAUUGGAAUGCACAUAUUUACUACAAGAGGGAUACACGUUAUUGUCAUUGUUGCUAUCGUGCUUGGUCUAGUUUCAUCCCUGUUUUCUUCACCGAACAUUAAAUGAUUCCUGAAACCAAAUAUGUACAUAUCCUGCAGUGUAAAUAGGGGUUCCCAUGGGGAUAUUAUUUGAUACACUUCCAACGAUGGGAACUGCAGAUAAUUUUACCAGUAUUAUAGCCAUAUUUACAAAAUGAAACAUGUCUAGAAGAUGUAGAGAUUUCGGUCUGACUGGAACACUGUAAAGAACAGUUAGGGGAGCAGCCAUAUAAGCAGUUUCUUCUCUAGAGGAACUGCACUUUUCAGAAAUCACUGUAUUGCACAGACUGAGUCUCUGACCUUCAGCCAAGGAGGAAAGGUUCUUCAUAUAUUAUUUUAAGAAAACCUCCAACUCUGGGGAUGUCUUGGGCUCUUUGUGAUACAGUUGAGGUGGUCUCAGACUCAAGCCAACCACAGCUGGCUCCAGCAUCAAGAGACAAUGAUGGAACAAACCAUGUUGAAUGGUUUUGUUGGCAUGGCCGUAGAGGUGGCCGCAAGAGAAGUUGGACCUCUAAUGGAAGAACAAGGCUCUGCCUUAACCUUGUGUCAACAAGGCCAUGAAGAAUCUGAAGAAGACCAGAAUCUGGAGGAGAUGCCUUGUUGUGCUGAAGAAAUGUCUGUUCCAAUCCAGACUUCCUCUGAGUUCUUCACUUCCAGUUUGAUUUAUUCCAAGCUGGUUGAGAGUCGAAGCUGUUGGCAAAGAUCUCUUAAAAUCAGGAAAAUAAAUAUAUGAGCCAUCCUCAGAGACAUCUCAUAUGAAAAACUGCCUCUCGUACCAUAAUAUUUCACUGGGCACACAGACAAUGUUGACUUAUGCGUCACCUCCAGUUGCAUGAACUUGUAUUCUCUUCCUUCGGCUUGGUCCGCUUUAAUGCCCUAGCUGCUUCUUUCUUCUGAUUCUCUUUAAUGAUGUCAAAAAGCCAUAUUGUCUGGUUCGGUUUUUGGGGGAAACAAAGGGCAGGGAUUGAUUUCAAUCCAAACUGGGAUCUUGCUGUUUUCUGCCUCUGAUCCCUUUUCAGGCGCCUGUAUGGACACCUCUGUCCCUGAUCUGUAACCUGUGUGUUAAGACUUCCCCCGCUCGCUGUUGGAUCUGUCGCUGUAGCAUUAACUGUACAGAAGAAAUUUAUUAUUCAAUAGAUGUUUAAUUCUACCUGAAUACCUGCAUUUUCCUUCUCCCCUCUUUUCUUUUUUCCCCCUCCCAUUUUUGACCAGUCGUCUUGAAGGCAUUGCAUCGUAAUCCCAUGUCUUUCCCCACUGAACACACCGUCAACUUUGAAAUUCAUGUCAAGCAAUGAAGUUGCAAUAAACUCAAACCAAAUAUGUCA